AUGGGGGAGCCGCUGGGCUGCUGCGAGCGCGUGGCCAUCAACGUGGCCGGCCGGCGCUUCGAGACCUUGGUGCGGACGCUCCGGAGAUUCCCCGAUACCCUCCUGGGAGACCCCCGGCGCCGGCGCCGUUUCUUCGACCCCCAACGCCGCGAGUAUUUCUUCGAUCGCCACCGCGGCGCCUUCGGGGCCGUGCUCUACUAUUACCAGUCCGGGGGGCGACUGCGCAGACCGCCGGACGUGCCCCUGGACGUGUUCCUGGAAGAGCUGAGGUUCUACCAGUUGGGUGAUGAAGCUGAGGAAAGGCUCCGCGAGGCCGAAGGGUUUUCGGUGGAGGAGCCGCCGGCGUUGCCGCGCGGGGGUUUGAGGCGCCGGGCGUGGUUGUUGUGUGAACACCCCGAGAGCUCGCCGGCCGCGCGCGUGGUGGCCUUGCUGUCCGUGCUGGUCAUCCUGGUGUCCAUCGUGGUGUUCUGCUUGGAGACGUUGCCUCAGUUCCGGCCCGGAGCAGAGGGAGAGCCCCCCUCGCCCACCCCCACCAACACCACCACCCCCACGCCCCCUCCCCACCGCUCCGGCCUGACCGAUCCCUUCUUCCUGGUGGAGACCAUUUGCAUCUGCUGGUUCUCACUGGAGCUACUGGUCCGGCUGGUAGCCAGCCCCAGCAAGGCGGCGUUUUUCCGCAGCGCCAUGAACCUCAUCGACCUGGCGGCCAUCGCUCCUUACUUCAUCGCGUUGGGCACGGAGCUGGCGCGGCAACGCGGCAUCGGCCAGCCCGCCAUGUCGCUGGCCGUGCUGCGGGUCAUCCGCCUGGUGCGCGUCUUCCGCGUCUUCAAACUGUCCCGCCACUCCACGGGGCUGCAGAUCCUGGGCCAGACGCUCAAGGCCAGCAUGAGGGAGUUGGGUUUGCUCAUCUUCUUCCUCCUCAUCGGCGUCGUGCUCUUCUCCAGCGCCGUUUAUUUCGCCGAGGCCGAGGACGCGGCCACGGCUUUCACGUCCAUCCCGCAGGCGUUCUGGUGGGCCGUGGUGACCAUGACCACCGUGGGUUACGGGGACAUGGCGCCGGUGACGGUCGGGGGGAAGCUGGUGGGGUCUCUGUGCGCCAUCGCCGGCGUCCUCACCAUCUCCCUGCCCGUGCCCGUCAUCGUCUCCAACUUCUCCUACUUCUACCGGAGGGAGCUGCGAGGCGAGGAGUCCGGGGACGUGGUGCCCGCGUCCCCCUGCCCGCAUCACCCCGAGAGCCCCGGGGACCCCGAGUCCAAAGCGGGCGGGGGGCCGGGGGAGGGAUGGGGGGUGGACGGGGAGGCGGGAGGGGAGAAGGCGUGGGGAGGGGGGAGGUUGGUGACCGAGGUGUGA